GCCGUCCAGAAUUGCGUCGUCGCCGUACGAUUCUUCGAUGAUAGUUGUUCCGGAAUUCUUCUCGUGUUCUGCGAUCGACCAAAAAUGAAAAUUUUCACAAACGUCUUUCAGCGUGCCUUCAAACAAACUCAUAUUUGCCUUUGUUUUGACGCGCUGCAUUUCAUAAUGUCCCAAGUUGCCACAAGUAACUUGAUAAAUGAUGAUCGCGACUGUGAACUGUCAGCUUGGCACUCCUUGCAACAAAAAGAAAGAAUCGCACAAAACCGUCGAUCGCACGAAAACCGGAUUGGCAACAUUUCGGACAACCCUUCAGUAGAGGGAUUUUUGAGUUUGAAAGAACGUUUGUCUAGGAUCGGCGCUGGAAAAUGUCACCUUCGUUCUACGUUGUGUUUCCGGCACCACCAACAAUUAACACAUUUUUUACGUAAUUAAUAUGUUUAAACGUUCAUUUAAUAUAGAAUUUUGUUUCCUUUUUUUGAGUUGCAAUACAUAAUUGCUUUGCUUCCAAGAGAAAGUUAUCAUACAGCUAUAGGGAUUUCCGGUUGUUGUCAUGGUCCAUUUGGCGUUGCCAUAGCAACGCGCAAUAACAUCAUAACAAACCUGCGGUAGUCAGUGUUUGAUUCAGUGAUUCGUUACUUUAGCAAGAUGAAGCCUGAAGACAGAUUGCAAAUUUUACCCUCCUCGCCCAUUUCAGUGCUUGAGAGCACUCGUAAAGACUUUGAAGCUCUACUGGGAAGUGCAAAUUCGUAUAGCGAAGAAGUUCAGGAAAGAAAAACAAAUCAAUCCAAGAGGCAUCGAUUCAAGAAACAAGAAAAACACCGUAACAGUGUGAAGGAACACGUAGAACUACGUGAGCUUUCUUCCGUGCAAAACAAAACCAUCAUCAAUGUAGGCCUUCAACAAAAUUUAGUGAAAGUGAAAUCCCAUACCAACCCCUCUUUUUGGUACGAAGAUGAGCAGCAGAAUGAAAUGGGCAGCUGCUCCAGCUCUUUAAAUUCUGAAAAGCUUAAGAAAGUGAAAAGUUCCAGUAAUUCUCCAGAACUUGGGCAUUCAUCUUCAGUUGAGCGAGCAACCAUACAACAUGAAAGAAGGGCUUCACCAGCAAUAACAAACAGCAGUGACGAUGAAAAUAAUAGUGACAAUGUUUUAAGUGUGGCACCUUCUGUUGGUAGCCAACACACAAGAACUUCAAUUUCUUCAUCUCAUCCAGCAAAGAUAAAUUCUAAUAAAGAAAGUCACAAGAAUAGUAGACAAACAUCAGUGAAAAACCUGUACAGUUCAGCAAGUUCAUCAUCAGAUCACAAUAUAGAAGAAGAGAACAGUGCUGGUUAUCAAGAAUCAAAUGAAACUCUGUCAUUGGAGCACAGUAUCUUGAAAAUUGUUGUCCACCAAUGUGACAGAUUGAUUUUAGAUCAACCUAAAAGUCAACCACUGAUUGUGGUCCAUGCCGUCAGUUGCAAGACAGGUCGUUACAUGGUGAACAAUAAGGUCCCCGUUUCACCGCAAUGUACAGGAUCAUGUAUUGCCCAUAGUCCUCAUCAAGUCUCCAAUAAGUCCAAUGCUCUGCCGGAAUGGAAUCAAGAAAUGGUUUUUGACUUGGAUGCAGACAAAUAUUUAUCAGAAAUCCUUUUCUUAUUCGAAUUCGUGAGUGAAUCCAACACGACAGUUAGCUCUUUAUUGGCUUGGGGGUUUUUGCGCCCCAUGUCAAGAACUGGCGUCAAACACAUAGGCAAGAAACUUCAACUUCAGCUGUAUAAAACGCCUGCGCGUUGCUUAUUCGGACACGCAACACCUAGGCCGACUAUUAGCGACCUCUUCAAUUGGUUUAAUAGCGCAGAGAAAGAAAAGUAUCCAGCAACUCUUUACGUCACGCUGCUAUCUUCCGGCAGUUCUAAAAGUUCAACCGUGACGGAGGAAAGUCGAUUCAACGUAACCAGUCCAUUACGAGGAGGCCGGCUCAGCGGACAGCCAUUCAAACUUCCCACCAGACGAGGCUUUACAUACGAGUCUGCUGCGGCAGGAGCCUUAAUUGCCUGUUACCGCUCAGAUGGAUCAUCUUUAGCCUUCGCUUUGUCAACUGGAGAUAUCAUGGUGUAUCAAAACUCAGUUAUUCCUUUGCACCUGAAAGGACAUCGGGGCAAUGUGUAUGAUCUUGAAUGGAACAAGAAUGAAGGCGGGGAGGGUUGGCGUUUACUAUCCUGCGGUGCGGACUGCACUGCUCGAGUUUGGAACGAUUCCAAUGACGUGGUUUUGCCUCAUCCAGCUUACGUGUACAGCGCCCGUUUCGGCGAAUCCGACGACCGUGUAGUCACUGGAUGUUUCGAUCAGCUGAUCCGGUUAUGGGAAUUAAAUUCAUCGACACCUCGUCUAAUAAGCACCUAUGUCCAGCACAGGGCACCGAUCAACAGCCUCUGCUGGGACUCCCAUGGAAGAUUAUUUAGCGCAGAUGCGAAAGGUUCCAUUUGUGUCUGGAACUCGACCAUUUCUGGCUUACAUUUUGAAAAGAUCCUCAACGAAUCUAGUGAAGAAUAUCGCAAUGAAACUCCCAUCAACUGCCUCUGCUUUCAUCCUUCUGGAGGCAGAUUACUAGUCCACUACAGAGGAAGUCAGAUGUGUUUGCUCGAGCCAAAGUCUGGUCUUAAUUUGAUUUCGUACAGUGGCAUCUAUAACCCAAGGCUGAGACUGGCAAGUAGCAUCAGUCCGUGCGGUGGUUACGUGAUAUCCGGCAGUGAGGAUGGUUCUGUUCACUGGUUUGAUUUGGAGCGGGGUGAUCUUGUAGCCGUUACAACCUUGCCCACGUCUACAAUUGAUCCCGUCAUGGCGGUCGCUUUCCACCCCACUUGUCACGCCAUAGCCUUGUGUUCAUUGAGCUCGCAAUGUUGUCUUUCAGUUUUGGAAUUUAACGCAGCCGAUACUGGAAUUGAAGGGUUUUCCUUGAUAACAUUUCCUCGUACAGUGCAAAGCGCCGUUUCCCCGAUCGAGAAUAUUUCAAAGAAUAAUAUCUCACAAGGAGGAAAUUGCACACCUACGCUGGAUAAAUUAGAAAGAAUUUUCAAAAAACUUGAUCUAGUCAUGGCCUGGUCCGACUCGCAUAAAAAAUCGUUGGAAAAAUAAAAUGUAAUUCGUGUUUCGUUGGUUUCAAAUUACCACCUGAUCGAUUCUUUUCGAAAUAUUAUUUAGUUUGAAAAUGGGUCAGACUCGCGAAAAGAAGUCUGAACAGAAAGUACUUCAACGCUACCCGUAUUCCGAACCUCAUUUGUACUCAAACACACGUCAAGUGACAGUUGGAUAAAAUUUACCACCGUUAUUCAUUUCUUUUAAUUUGCUGUGAUAUUUGUGGACGUAUUUGUCAACAUUUUAGUUUUCAACGUGCCUAGAAUGGAGAUGAGAUAAUAUCUUCAGCUGAAGGCUUCAUGUGAUCUGCGUGCUUGUGACAGCGAUAAAAUGGUCCAAUUCAAGCUGUCUUCCAAAACCAUGGAAAUACUGUUUGCAAGGUAAACGCCAAUAUGUUCCAUCGGGAUAUUCGGCCACAUCAUCAACAACCACAGGCUAUUCAAAAUAUCUAUGCAUCACCUAUUUAUGUGCCAGUUCCCGAUUCACUACCUUCACAAAUCAAUCAACCGCAGCCAGUGGAACGUUAGGAUUCAAAAGAAGAGUUUCUCAGUUGGAAGAUCUAUAGUGGAUGCUGGAACUACAGAAGAAGAUUCAGGAAUUGGAGUUUAGUUUGGAGGAAGCCAAAGCCAAACAGGCUGUUCCUCCCAGUGGAAUUAAGAGCCAGCAGAGCGUCAACGACAAAUCGAUAUCUGCAGCUAUUUUUCACUGGAGCAAGAAACCAAAUUUUGUGUGUUCCUGAAAUUCUGAAUGAAAUCGAUCUUCUGCAAGUCCGAUUGAGCAAUGUGAUCGCCUCAACCGGAGCUGUCGUUGUCAACCGUCGUCGCAUUGGAAAGAUAACCGACAACUAUCAUGAGCCGAUUGGGCGUGGAAAAUUCGGUCAAGUCUUCAAAGGAACUUGGCAUGGAUGUCAAGCAGCCGUCAAAGAAAUCCGCUCUCCUCGGCGUUGCAGCACAGUCGUCGAGGCUCGAUCGUUCGCCAAGAUGAUUCAACGAGAGGUUGAAGCCCUUUCAGCUGUCCAGCACCGCAAUAUUAUUGGACUGCUCGGUCUUUGCAUGGAUAACGAAUCGAGUGAUGGUGAAGCAUCGAUUAGAGUCUCGCUCAUCUUUGAAUUCACCAACGGAGGGACUCUUUUCGACUGACUUUUCGGCGGCCUAGCAAAAAAUAGCAAAUUCAAAUUAGACGUGAAUCAAAUGAUGCUGACCGCUCGCCAUCUCACCGCGAGACUCUCCAUCUACUGCAUUCCACUCAGCAGAAGCCGGGCGGUUCAGUUAUGGUCCACCGUGACGUGAAAUCCGCCAAUGUUUUACUGCAACGGGAUGACGAAGGAAGAGUCGUGCGAGCUGUUUUGGACGAUUUAACGUCUUCAUUUGGAUCUUAACGAAAGUGGCUCCCGCUCUGGCCUAGCAGCCAGUUUCAUGACAGCCGUGGUAGGUACCCACGGCUGUGUCGAUCCUUUGUGUGCGGAGCGUUUAACCUGCAGACGGGUCGGCCAGUUUGCAUGUCCUUCACGCUUGAAGGUCGCGGGGAAUAUUACGUUAAACUGUCAAUGCGGUGGUGUAGAGGUUGGGUGAGAAUUGGACGUGUUGCAUCAUUAUCAAGCAGG